AUGGAGCAAACAGACUGCAAACCCUAUCAGCCUCUGUCAAAAGUCAAGCAUGAAAUGGACCUAGCUUAUACUAGUUCUUCCGAUGAGAGUGAAGAUGGAAGAAAACCAAGACAGUCAUACAACUCCAGAGAAACUCUGCAUGAGUAUAACCAAGAGCUGAGGAUGAAUUACAAUAGCCAGAGUAGGAAGAGGAAAGAAGUAGAGAAAUCUACUCAAGAGAUGGAAUUUUGUGAAACCCCUCACACUCUGUGCUCUGGCUACCAGACAGACAUGCACAGUGUUUCUCGGCAUGGCUACCAGCUAGAGAUGGGAUCUGAUGUGGACACGGAGACAGAAGGUGCUGCCUCACCUGACCAUGCGCUGAGAAUGUGGAUAAGGGGGAUGAAGUCAGAGCAUAGUUCCUGUUUGUCCAGCCGGGCCAACUCCGCAUUGUCCUUGACUGACACUGACCAUGAAAGGAAGUCUGAUGGAGAGAAUGGUUUUAAAUUCUCUCCUGUUUGUUGUGACAUGGAGGCUCAAGCUGGGUCUACUCAAGACAUGCAGAGCAGCUCACACAACCAGUUCACCUUCAGACCCCUCCCGCCGCCGCCACCGCCUCCGCACGCCUGCACCUGCGCCAGGAAGCCGCCCCCUGCCGCUGACUCUCUCCAGAGGAGAUCAAUGACUACCCGCAGCCAGCCCAGCCCAGCCGCUCCAGCUCCCCCAACCAGUACACAGGAUUCAGUUCAUCUGCAUAACAGCUGGGUCUUGAAUAGCAACAUUCCGUUGGAGACCAGGCAUUUCCUGUUCAAACAUGGAUCUGGUUCCUCGGCCAUCUUCAGUGCAGCCAGUCAGAACUACCCUCUGACAUCCAAUACUGUGUACUCGCCUCCUCCCAGGCCACUUCCUCGAAGCACCUUUUCCAGACCUGCCUUUACCUUCAACAAACCCUACAGGUGCUGCAAUUGGAAGUGCACGGCCUUGAGUGCCACUGCAAUCACAGUGACUUUGGCCUUGUUACUAGCCUAUGUGAUUGCAGUACAUUUGUUCGGCCUGACUUGGCAGUUGCAACCAGCUGAAGGACAGCUCUAUGAAAAUGGAGUUAGCAAGGGGAACAGAGGGACUGAAUCCAUGGAUACCACUUACUCUCCAAUUGGAGGAAAAGUUUCCAAUAAAUCAGAGAAAAAAGUGUUUCAGAAGGGACGGGCAAUAGACACCGGAGAAGUUGACAUUGGUGCACAGGUCAUGCAGACCAUUCCACCUGGCUUAUUCUGGCGUUUCCAGAUUACUAUCCACCAUCCUAUAUAUCUGAAAUUCAAUAUUUCUUUAGCCAAGGACUCUCUGCUGGGAAUUUAUGGCAGAAGAAACAUUCCACCUACACAUACUCAGUUUGAUUUUGUAAAACUAAUGGAUGGAAAACAACUGGUCAAACAGGACUCCAAGAGCUCUGAUGAUACCCAGCACUCCCCUCGGAACCUGAUCUUAACCUCACUGCAAGAAACAGGUUUCAUAGAGUAUAUGGACCAAGGGCCUUGGUAUCUGGCAUUUUACAAUGAUGGAAAAAAGAUGGAGCAAGUAUUUGUGUUAACUACAGCAAUUGAAAUAAUGGAUGACUGUUCGACCAAUUGCAAUGGAAAUGGAGAGUGUAUCUCUGGCCAUUGUCACUGCUUCCCAGGAUUCCUUGGGCCUGACUGUGCUAGAGAUUCGUGCCCUGUGCUGUGUGGUGGGAACGGAGAAUACGAGAAAGGACACUGUGUCUGCCGAAAUGGCUGGAAGGGACCAGAGUGCGACGUUCCAGAAGAGCAAUGCAUUGACCCAACGUGCUUUGGCCACGGCACCUGCAUCAUGGGAGUCUGCAUCUGUGUGCCAGGAUACAAAGGAGAAAUAUGCGAGGAAGAGGACUGCUUAGACCCAAUGUGUUCUGGCCAUGGCAUCUGUGUAAAAGGAGAAUGUCACUGUUCUACUGGUUGGGGAGGAAUCAACUGUGAAACGCCACUUCCCAUAUGUCAAGAGCAGUGCUCAGGACACGGGACUUUUCUCCUGGACACUGGAACAUGCAGCUGCGAUCCCAAGUGGACAGGAUCUGACUGCUCAACAGAGCUCUGUACCAUGGAGUGUGGUAGCCAUGGAGUCUGCUCAAGGGGAAUUUGCCAAUGCGAAGAAGGUUGGGUAGGACCAACAUGUGAAGAACGCUCCUGUCAUUCUCAUUGUGCUGAGCAUGGCCAAUGCAAAGAUGGAAAAUGUGAGUGUAGCCCUGGAUGGGAGGGCGACCACUGUACAAUCGCUCACUACUUAGAUGCUGUCCGAGAUGGCUGCCCAGGGCUCUGCUUUGGAAAUGGGCGAUGUACCCUGGAUCAAAAUGGUUGGCACUGUGUGUGUCAGGUGGGUUGGAGUGGGACAGGCUGCAAUGUUGUCAUGGAAAUGCUUUGUGGAGAUAACUUGGACAAUGAUGGAGAUGGUUUGACUGACUGUGUGGACCCCGAUUGUUGUCAACAAAGCAACUGUUAUGUAAGUCCUCUCUGCCAAGGCUCACCAGAUCCUCUUGACCUCAUUCAGCAAAGCCAGCCGCUCUUCUCUCAGCACACUUCGAGACUCUUCUAUGAUCGAAUCAAAUUCCUCAUUGGCAAGGACAGUACUCAUGUCAUUCCUCCAGAGGUCUCAUUUGACAGCAGGCGUGCUUGUGUAAUUCGAGGCCAAGUGAUGGCUGUAGAUGGAACCCCUCUAGUAGGGGUGAAUGUUAGUUUCUUGCACCACAGUGAUUAUGGGUUUACCAUCAGCCGGCAAGAUGGAAGCUUUGACCUCGUAGCUGUCGGUGGUAUCUCUGUCGUCUUAAUCUUUGAUCGGUCACCUUUUCUACCUGAGAAGAGGACGCUCUGGUUGCCUUGGAAUCAGUUUAUUGUAGUGGAGAAAGUGACCAUGCAGAGAGUUGUAUCAGACCCACCAUCCUGCGAUAUCUCCAACUUUAUCAGCCCAAACCCUAUUGUGCUUCCUUCACCACUCACAUCAUUUGGAGGGUCCUGUCCAGAGAGGGGAACUAUUGUUCCUGAGCUGCAGGUUGUACAGGAGGAGAUCCCCAUUCCUUCCAGCUUUGUGAGGCUGAGUUACCUAAGCAGCCGCACCCCCGGGUAUAAAACCCUGCUUCGGAUCCUUUUAACACAUUCAACCAUUCCCGUGGGGAUGAUAAAAGUACACCUCACAGUAGCUGUGGAAGGGCGACUCACACAGAAGUGGUUUCCCGCUGCAAUUAAUCUUGUCUACACAUUUGCUUGGAACAAGACCGACAUCUAUGGACAGAAGGUUUGGGGCCUGGCAGAGGCUUUGGUGUCUGUGGGAUAUGAAUAUGAAAUGUGCCCCGACUUUAUUCUCUGGGAAAAAAGGACUGUUAUCUUACAAGGUUUCGAGAUGGAUGCUUCUAACCUAGGAGGCUGGUCAUUGAAUAAGCAUCAUAUUUUGAACCCUCAAAGUGGAAUCAUACACAAAGGGAAUGGAGAAAAUAUGUUCAUUUCCCAGCAGCCUCCAGUCAUAUCAACCAUAAUGGGUAAUGGACACCAACGGAGUGUUGCCUGCACCAACUGCAAUGGCCUCGCCCACAACAACAAACUCUUUGCUCCCGUUGCCUUAGCUUCUGGCCCUGAUGGUAGUGUGUAUGUUGGUGACUUCAAUUUUGUAAGGCGAAUAUUUCCCUCGGGAAACUCCGUUAGUAUUUUGGAAUUAAGAAACAGAGAUACCAGACAUAGCACAAGUCCUGCUCACAAAUACUAUCUGGCUAUGGACCCUGUGUCUGAAUCACUUUAUCUAUCAGACACCAAUACCCGAAAAGUCUACAAGUUGAAAUCUCUUGUGGAAACAAAAGACUUGUCCAAGAAUUUUGAAGUGGUGGCAGGAACAGGAGAUCAGUGCCUUCCCUUUGACCAGAGUCACUGUGGAGAUGGAGGGAGAGCAUCGGAAGCUUCACUGAACAGCCCUCGAGGCAUCACAGUUGAUAGGCAUGGAUUCAUUUACUUUGUGGAUGGGACUAUGAUUCGGAGAAUUGAUGAGAAUGCUGUGAUCACAACUGUAAUCGGCUCAAACGGUCUGACUUCCACACAGCCACUGAGCUGUGACUCGGGAAUGGACAUCACUCAGGUGCGAUUAGAGUGGCCAACAGACCUUGCAGUCAAUCCCUUGGACAAUUCAUUGUACGUCUUGGAUAACAACAUUGUGCUUCAAAUUUCUGAGAACAGGCGAGUGCGGAUCAUUGCAGGGCGCCCCAUUCACUGCCAGGUGCCAGGCAUCGAUCAUUUCUUGGUCAGCAAGGUAGCAAUUCACUCCACUCUGGAGUCAGCAAGGGCCAUCAGCGUCUCCCACAGCGGGCUGCUCUUCAUAGCUGAAACAGACGAGAGGAAAGUAAACCGCAUUCAGCAAGUUACCACCAAUGGGGAGAUCUCCAUCAUGGCUGGUGCCCCCACUGACUGUGACUGCAAAAUUGAUCCCAACUGUGACUGUUUUUCAGGUGAUGGUGGCUAUGCCAAAGAUGCAAAGAUGAAAGCCCCUUCCUCCUUAGCAGUGUCACCUGAUGGUACCCUCUACGUGGCAGACCUUGGGAAUGUUCGAAUUCGUACCAUUAGCAGGAACCAAGCCCACUUGAAUGACAUGAACCUUUAUGAGAUUGCAUCACCUGCUGAUCAGGAACUGUACCAGUUCACUGUCAAUGGAACCCACCUGCACACCUUGAACUUGAUAACGAGGGACUAUGUGUAUAAUUUCACCUACAAUGCCGAAGGCGACUUGGGUGCGAUUACCAGCAACAACGGCAAUUCUGUGCACAUUCGCCGAGACGCAAGCGGGAUGCCCCUUUGGCUUGUGGUGCCUGGCGGGCAGGUGUACUGGCUGACCAUAAGCAGCAACGGAGUCCUGAAAAGAGUGUCAGCCCAAGGCUACAAUCUGGCCUUGAUGACCUAUCCAGGAAACACGGGGCUUUUGGCUACCAAAAGUAACGAAAAUGGAUGGACAACCGUUUAUGAGUAUGACCCCGAGGGGCAUCUGACCAAUGCAACGUUUCCCACUGGAGAGGUCAGCAGCUUCCACAGUGACCUGGAGAAGCUGACAAAAGUGGCGCUAGAUACUUCCAACCGUGAAAACGUCCUCAUGUCAACCAAUUUGACAGCAACUAGUACCAUAUAUAUUUUAAAACAAGAAAAUACCCAGAGUACCUAUCGGGUGAGUCCAGACGGCUCCCUACGUGUCACUUUUGCCAGCGGGAUGGAGAUCAGCCUCAGCUCAGAGCCCCACAUCCUGUCCGGGGCAGUCAACCCCACCCUGGGCAAAUGCAACAUCUCACUGCCCGGAGAGCACAACGCCAACCUCAUCGAGUGGCGGCAGCGGAAGGAGCAGAACAAAGGCAACAUUUCCGCUUUUGAAAGAAGGCUGAGGGCCCAUAACAGAAACCUGCUCUCCAUAGAUUUUGAUCAUAUGACUCGCACAGGAAAGAUCUAUGACGACCAUCGGAAAUUCACCCUUCGAAUUCUUUAUGACCAGACUGGACGACCUGUUCUGUGGUCUCCCAUAAGCAGAUAUAAUGAAGUGAAUAUCACAUAUUCACCUUCAGGAUUGGUGACGUUUAUUCAACGAGGGACGUGGAAUGAAAAAAUGGAAUAUGACCAGAGUGGAAAAAUCAUUUCAAGAACUUGGGCUGAUGGGAAAAUUUGGAGCUAUACCUACUUAGAAAAGUCUGUGAUGCUUCUCUUACAUAGCCAGCGGCGUUAUAUCUUUGAGUAUGACCAAUCGGAUUGUCUGCUCUCAGUCACCAUGCCUAGUAUGGUGCGCCACAGUUUACAAACCAUGCUUUCAGUGGGCUACUACCGGAACAUCUACUCCCCACCAGACAGUAGCACUUCUUUUAUCCAAGACUAUAGUCGAGAUGGCCGACUACUACAGACCCUGCAGCUGGGGACAGGGCGCAGAGUUUUAUACAAGUACACCAAGCAAGCAAGGCUGUCCGAGAUUCUCUAUGAUACCACCCAGGUCACAUUAACAUAUGAAGAGUCUUCUGGAGUGAUUAAGACAAUACACCUGAUGCACGAUGGCUUCAUUUGCACAAUCAGAUACAGGCAAACAGGACCUCUUAUUGGGCGCCAGAUUUUCAGAUUCAGUGAAGAAGGCCUUGUGAAUGCUCGGUUUGACUACAGCUACAACAACUUCCGCGUCACCAGCAUGCAAGCUGUGAUAAAUGAAACCCCUUUGCCCAUAGAUCUGUACCGAUAUGUUGAUGUCUCUGGUAGAACAGAGCAGUUUGGAAAAUUCAGUGUAAUUAAUUACGAUUUAAAUCAGGUCAUAACUACUACAGUGAUGAAGCACACCAAGAUCUUCAACGCCAAUGGACAAGUCAUUGAAGUCCAGUAUGAAAUCCUAAAGGCAAUUGCCUACUGGAUGACUAUUCAAUACGAUAAUAUGGGCCGAAUGGUAAUAUGUGAUAUCAGAGUAGGAGUAGAUGCCAAUAUAACAAGAUAUUUCUAUGAAUACGAUGCUGAUGGGCAACUUCAAACUGUUUCUGUAAAUGAUAAAACCCAGUGGCGUUAUAGUUAUGAUCUGAAUGGCAACAUCAACCUCUUAAGCCACGGGAAUAGUGCUCGUCUUACUCCUCUCCGAUAUGACCUCCGAGAUCGCAUCACCAGACUAGGAGAAAUUCAGUAUAAAAUGGAUGAAGAUGGCUUUCUGAGGCAGAGGGGAAAUGACAUAUUCGAAUAUAAUUCUAAUGGUCUGCUGCAGAAAGCCUACAAUAAGGCUUCUGGCUGGACUGUGCAGUAUUACUACGAUGGGCUUGGGCGACGUGUCGCCAGUAAGUCCAGCCUAGGACAGCACCUCCAGUUCUUUUAUGCAGACCUUGCCAACCCCAUAAGAGUUACUCAUUUGUACAACCACACGAGCUCAGAGAUUACAUCCCUGUAUUAUGAUCUCCAAGGUCACCUUAUUGCCAUGGAGCUAAGCAGUGGUGAAGAAUAUUACGUAGCCUGUGAUAAUACAGGAACCCCACUAGCCGUGUUCAGCAGUCGAGGUCAGGUGAUAAAAGAGAUACUGUACACGCCUUAUGGAGAUAUCUAUCAUGACACUUACCCUGACUUUCAGGUCAUCAUUGGUUUUCAUGGAGGACUCUAUGAUUUCCUUACUAAAUUAGUGCACCUGGGGCAAAGAGACUAUGAUGUUGUUGCUGGUAGAUGGACGACGCCUAAUCAUCACAUAUGGAAACAGUUGAACCUCCUUCCUAAACCAUUCAACCUCUACUCUUUUGAAAAUAACUAUCCAGUUGGCAAAAUUCAAGAUGUUGCAAAGUAUACCACAGACAUUGGAAGUUGGUUGGAGCUAUUUGGUUUCCAACUACACAAUGUACUACCUGGAUUUCCCAAACCAGAAUUAGAAAAUUUGGAAUUAACUUAUGAGCUUCUACAGCUUCAGACAAAAACUCAAGAGUGGGAUCCUGGAAAGACCAUCCUGGGUAUCCAGUGUGAGCUCCAGAAACAGCUCAGGAAUUUCAUUUCCUUGGACCAACUUCCUAUGACUCCCCGAUAUAAUGAUGGACGGUGCCUUGAAGGAGGGAAGCAACCAAGGUUUGCUGCUGUUCCUUCUGUUUUCGGCAAAGGUAUAAAAUUCGCCAUCAAGGAUGGCAUAGUAACAGCCGAUAUUAUAGGAGUAGCCAAUGAAGAUAGCAGGCGGCUGGCUGCCAUUCUCAAUAAUGCUCAUUACCUGGAAAACCUACAUUUUACCAUAGAGGGGAGGGACACGCACUACUUCAUUAAGCUUGGGUCUCUGGAGGAAGACCUGGUGCUCAUCGGGAACACUGGGGGGAGGCGCAUUCUGGAGAAUGGUGUCAAUGUCACUGUGUCCCAGAUGACUUCGGUGUUGAAUGGGAGGACUAGACGGUUUGCAGAUAUCCAGCUCCAGCACGGGGCUCUGUGCUUCAACAUCCGGUAUGGGACAACUGUCGAAGAGGAAAAGAAUCACGUGUUGGAGAUCGCCAGACAGCGUGCUGUGGCCCAGGCCUGGACUAAGGAGCAAAGAAGGCUGCAAGAAGGGGAAGAGGGUAUCCGGGCAUGGACAGAGGGGGAAAAGCAGCAGCUGCUGAGCACUGGGAGAGUACAAAGUUAUGAUGGGUAUUUUGUUUUGUCUGUUGAGCAGUAUUUAGAACUUUCUGACAGUGCCAACAAUAUUCACUUUAUGAGACAGAGCGAAAUAGGCAGGAGGUAA